AUGGUUGGACAAUUCGUCCCCGCCAGUGGGAAUAAAUCCUUCAUCCUCUCCUGGGGAGUGCGUGAGAGCAGAGAGUUAUCAUUGCAGAAGGGUUACAUAAAUAUUCAGAAAAUAGCGGAACAUUUGCAUUUAUCGACACAACACGUAGAAUCAGCACAGAGAAUCUACCUGAUGGCUCUUCAAAGGAACUUCACCAUGGGAAGAAACAAUUCAUACGUUGCUGCGUCAUGUCUGUAUACUAUAUGUAGAAGGGAGAAAUCUCCUGUAAUGCUAAUCGAUUUUAGUGAUAUUCUACAAACCCCUGUCAAGCCAUUAGGAAAAACCUUUCUCAAGUUAUUGCGGUUGCUUCACAUAAGUGUACCAAACAUAGAUCCUUCCUUAUAUUUAGAGCGCUUUGCUCAUAAGCUAAAUUUAAAAAAUGAUAUAUAUAAAGUUACAUACACAGGGAUAAAGCUUAUUCAGGCCAUGACAAGGGACUGGAUUUGUACCGGAAGGAGGCCCACAGGAUUAUGUGGUGCUGCCCUCCUAAUCUCUACAAGAAUGCAUGGAAUUUUUGUUCACUCCAAUACAAUUGCGAAUAUAGUGAGGAUAUCCAACCCUACUAUCAUUAAGCGACUGUCUGAAUUUAAGAACACUAGUACAGCUAAAAUGAAGGUUUCCGAUUUUGAUAAAAUUCGCUUGAACGAUCUUCCGUCUAAUUCACUACCUCCUUGUGUCAUUGCUUCUAAGAGGAGGAAGUUCAGAGAGGACAUGCUCAGAAAUAAUAAAGCAGUAUCCCUUUGUGAUAGCGAGGAGAUUUCCAGCACUGUCGCAAGCGCCAAGUGUGGAAAGGAUUCAGAACAACACCUGACGAAUGAUACCUAUUCUCCGAACUGUAACGAAGACACCUUUUCUCUGUCCAACACGAUAAACAACACAAAUGCCGAUGAUGUGAUCAAUGCGGACGAUGCCCCUAAUGCAUUGUCUUACAAUAAUUUAACUCUCCUGGAUAGUCGCUCCUCGUGCAAUGGUAUGGAGGAUGCCACUACCACAGAGUGCAGUGUAAAUGGGGGGGGUAGUACCCGGGGAAUGGGUCGCACUGGCGAGCUGAAUAGCACCAUAAGUAGCUGUCUUCCCGGUGGUAGUAUACUUGGAGGAAGCCAAACGGGGGAUGAUGUAGAGAACCUAACGACCAACGGAAUAAACGUAGAAGAAAUCUGCAAUGAAAACCCAGAGGGAAAUGAUUUAGAUGAACUAGCCAAAAAAAUUAUCAACACGAUAGAUGUAGAAAAGCAGUCCAGCAUCCUAAAAGUGAAUGUUUCUUCCUUGCAUAUGAAUAAUUCGCAUUGUGAUGGAAGCGACUCCGAGGAGGCUAGUGAAAAGGAGAAAAUUCAAUUUUCUCAUAGUAACAAGCAAUGGAGGGUCAAAAAGGAGAAUGACCAAAUAGACAAUCCCGCAAUCCAAUCGACUGUAUCCAUAGCCACCAUAAAUCAUUUGUCCCAUUUGGAAUCCUGCCUGACCACCCCCAUGAUUAGUCCUCAAAAGUUCAUACCAUCAAAUGGUACAUACAAAAAUGGUAAAUGCACAAAUGGUACAUGCACAAAUGGUACAUGCACAAAUGGUAAAUGCACAAAUGGAAGUUUAUCGUCCGUGCAAAGUGAGAAACAGAAUAUGUCAAAGGCUAUACAAAGUCAUGAUAAUAAAAACGGUGCACUCUCCAAAAAGGUACUCCAUAAUGACCCCGAGAUGGGUGACAGGCUAGACAGCCUAAACAACGAUCCAGAAACGACCUACUCUAGCACACUUAAAGAAACCUUCAACUCAGAAUUAAGUCACCUAUUGAACGAAGUGGAUGAUCUUAACAUUCUAGAGUAUGCAAAUAAUGCAAAAGAGAAUAAGCUACUCCAUGAACCAAAUGACAUGCACAAGGAUGAUGUAGACCAUGUUAGUAGUAUCAUGUCAGAUUUUAAUUAUUUUUUCGAAAAUAAUUCUAACACAGUGGAAAGUCAACCGCCCAAUGCCACAGACAUCCCGUCAGAUGCAUCUGUGGAACAAUUCAACGAAUCGCUGUCCGACUUUUACGAUAGCGAAAUUGAAAAUAUUAUUUUAUCUGAAAAAGAGAGAAAACGAAAAAUGCUAAUAUGGGAUGACAUGAUGAAGAGUUAUUUUCCUCAGUACUACAAGCAGUUUAAAAAACAGAAGAAGAAAAGGUCUUCAUACCAUACUGACCUUGUGGGUGCUGAUAAGAGUAAAAAAAAAAAAAAAAAAGAACAGGAACAAGAACAAAAUGAUCAUCACCCUUUGGAUGAACAAACAACAGGAGAAUCUGUAAUAAUGGCUUUAGAGAAAUCAGACAAGAGCAUGUCAACAAAAAUGAAUUAUGAUGUGCUCAAGUCCCUUUUUUCGUCAUGA